CAUAAGUACUUGCUUUGCGGAGAAUAAAAGGAAAAAACAGCAGGUUGGGUGGAAAAUCAGAAAAAGUUUACUAAACGUUGUAAAUGGGAAGGUUCCUCCGUGUGGGAUGGAUUGGCAGAACGUCUAUAAGGUGUAUACCCCAUUUAUGUUGACGAAGUACAAGCAUUGGGUGGCUGUAAUGAUUGAUCUGGUAUUGUGUGAAAUCAAAGUGUACGAUUCAAAGGUUUCACUAAUUCCAGAUGACAUCAUAAAGGAAGAACUCGCCCCGCUAUCAAUUACGCUUCCAAAUCUUCUCAACACCAUCGACUUUUAUGAAGAAGGUGUUUAUGCAAACAAUUGCAGCCGAGAUUGGUGGUGUCCGUGGCCAAUAGAGCGUGUGGAUGUUCCACAACAGUCUAAUGAAGGCGAUUGUGGCAUGUUUGUGUUAAAGUACAUUGAGCUUUUCAGCGCUCAGCUUCCGUUAGCUACUUGCACCUCGCACAACAUGCCUUUUUUUUCGGUUGAAAUUGGCUGCGGAGAUAACAAGGGGAGAUGCUUACUUCCCAUGAUAUUGGUUGAAGAUGACAAAUGGGUCAUUUGCGAGUCCAUACCCGAUUUUGGGGACAUUUAUGAGUACAUACUCAACGUCGCCGAAAACCUAUAA